AUGAUCCAUGAGUAUGCUCACCUUCGCGUCAUCUGGUGUGUCGGAAGAGAUAUUGACGGCGGGAAGAAGGCAUUGUUGUUGCAACUCAAUUGCAUGGUCUCUGCGAAACUUGUGCUUGAAUGCCAAUGGGACGAAUACGGGGUGACCGACGGUGGCCACUCUGGUGUUGCUGGCGAUUUCUAUAGAUGGCGAUGGAGUACAAAUACUCCAAAUAACGGUAUGUACUGCGGGGAUGGGUACAACCAGACAUUACCGGACAGCCUCCAGCGAGUAGUUUGUCAACAGGGAAUUCGUCUCAGCGACUUCUUGUAUAGCAUAUUCUGGCCUGAUGGCUCAUGGGACUUAGCUCGCCAAGCAAACCUAGCGAUGCACAACGACCAAUCUCUUGACCUUUGCCCGAAUAACACUGGAACCACUGCUACUUCGACCACCGUAGGACAGGCCACGAUCCAUCCCACCUCACAAACGUCAAUUGUGAAGGCCGACACCACUACUGUAGCGGUGGUCGGUGCCACCCUUGGCGGUGCAUUGGCGUUCGUGCUUCUUGGCGCAAUCGUCAUCUACAUCAUGAAGCGGCCUAGGGUUGAGCGUCCUCGUUCAAAAAUGGACGUGACAGAGAACAAGCCAGCGGACAACUCUACCGCUCGUGUCACUCCUUUCCUCGGCCAAUCUCCACCUCAGCUUCUGGAUGCGAGACCAUUCCCGGUAUCCGACUAA